CAAAGAACCUCUUGCAUAAGGCCCAUGCAAGCUGGUCGCUAGCUUGCUACUGCCUGUACCUACGGGUGAUUGCUCGAUUCAGACUUACUCUUUGUCUCUUAUCAGUAUUAUCGAAUCGGUAAGACACGAUGGACGCUUCAACACUGACAUCGCUGGUAUCGGAACUGUCAGCACUCACGGCGACUUGUGUCCCUUCGAUAGGCCAUGACGCUCCUUCGCAGGCCUCCAAGGCCGCCUUGUUGAAUUUGACCAGGAAGAUCCAGCACUCACUGAUGGAUCCGGCGAUGAUGGUGCAAGCGCAUUCACUGCAAAUGGCCGAGAUGGUCAGCGUUCGGACGUUACUGGAUCUCAAGGUCUUCGAAAAGAUGCCUACGGACGAGAGUCAGAGAAUCACUGGGAAGGGACUUAGUGAGCAGUCAGGAGUUCAGCAGGCUUUACUUGAAAGGCUCCUCCGCCCACUGGUUGCUUCAGGCUUCAUCACACAAUCGGCCGACGGAUCGUACGGUUCGACCAAAUUCUCGCAGGCAUAUACUUCUUUUCCAGGUCUCUUCUUCACGUUGAUGUUCGACCACUUCCUGCAGCCUAUGACAGACUUACCAAAGUACCUCGCAAAACACGGCGCGGUGGAGCCAACGUCUUUUUAUGUCAAUCCUUACUCGGAUUAUCACAAUGCCAGCGAUUCAGAAUUGACGACGUGGGAGAUCAUGUCAAAAGACCCAGAGAAGCUGAAGACGUUCCAGAUUGGCUUGACCACAGGGGAUGCCAUGGUACCGGUCACGGGAUACUAUGAUUUCAAUCAGCUUGCCUUGACGGAGGAGGAGCUUGAGAAGGACCCGGAUCGUGUGAGUCUGGUCGAUAUCGGCGGUGGAGUAGGUAACGUGGUUAAAAGAGUUCUCGGUGAAUAUAAGACACUCAAACCCGAGCAUGUCGUGUUGGAGGAUCUGGAGUCGAUCAUUGAAAUGGCGAAGAAAGAAGAGACAGUGCCUGAGGGCGUCAGGAUGUUGAAGCACGACUUUUGGACGGAGCAGCCUGUCAAAGGUGCAAAGGCAUAUUACUUCCGCCGCGUCUUCCAUGACUACAGCGACGAGCUUUGCGUCAAGUUGCUCAAGCAAGUCAUUCCGGCCAUGACAGGGCCAGAUUCCCGGGUCCUGGUGGCCGAUAUGCUUUUGCCGGAGAUCAUGACUACUAAGGAGGCACAUACGGCAUCCUUGGAUAUUGCGUGUAUGGUCAUGGGAGGCAAGGAGAGGACGGAGGAGGAUUUCAGGAGAUUGUUCCAGAGUGUCGGUUUAGAGGUUGUUGCGAUCCAUCGUGCACCUGGAGUGGCGGCCGGACUUGUGGAGGGGACGCUGAAGUCUUGAAGCACAUCCAUAAUGCUGCCGUGGUUGACAAGACAAUCAUGACGAGUCG